UGUUCGACGAUUCCAUCAGAAAGAGUCGGACCUAAAUCUUUUUGGGCGGAGGUUUCUAUGUAAUGUAUAACCUCAUACAGGUUUGUGGGUAAAUCGUGUUGUCAUCAAAGCUGGAUGUAAUGUCGUGAAGAGAUCAUUCUGACCGACACGUACCAGUUGUGCUUGAUCUGAUGUCAAGUUAAUUACCUUGAUCCAUCUCCACUACCUUUUGGCCAUAGUAAUCAUUAUCCUAUGAUCAUGUUCAACCAUAUUUGGAAGAUGGAUAAGAAAGAUGCAUUAUUGGCUAUGCUUUUGUUGAUUAUACCACUUUUGAUGCGCCCUAUGCUUGCGAACACGCCGGCCAGUGGGGAUCCUCUCUUUACGUUUUGUAACACAGAGAUCUUGACCAAAAACUACACACUCAACAGCCCAUUUGAAAACAAUCUCAAGCUCCUCCUCGGGUCUCUGCCUUCCAAUACUUCGUUGACAGGUUUCUACAACACCUCCACUGGAGAGGACUCGGACAGAGUCUAUGGACAGGCGCUUUGUAGAGGGGAUGUCAACUCCACAGUUUGUCGGAAUUGUAUACAGACUGCAACCAAGGAAAUCUUAAAGCAGUGCAGAAGUGAAGAUGCUAUGAUAUGGUUUGAACUCUGUCAAGUUCGCUACUCCUUCCAGAACUUCUUUUCCUCGAUGGUUUAUACUGGGAAGUAUCCAGAGCAGAAUCGAAUGCAGAAGAAUAUAUCAAAUCCAGUUCAUUUAGAGCAAGUUUUAACGUACUUAAUGAAUAACAUCUCGAACGAGACUGCGUUUGAUCCCUCUACACGCAUGUUCGCAACUGGUGAAAUUAAAUUCUCAAGGAAGAAAAGAAUCUAUGGUCUUGUACAAUGUACUAGGGACAUCUCAGAAAAGUACUGUUAUAACUGUUUGCAGUCAGCCUUUGGAGAGCUUCAGAAAUGCUGCUUUUAUCGCCAAGGUGGAAUUAUUGUUAGUAGGAAUUGUAAUAUGAGGUUUGAGCUGUACCGAUUCUACAACGCCUCAAGUUUUCAGUUGUCCUUCCCAGCUUCUCAAGGGGCAAGUUGGAAGAUUUGGAUGGUUGUGGUGGUUACGUGUAUACCACUCUCAGUUUUAGCUGUUCUUAUUGGAUCAUGUGCGGUUAAUUAUCAUUUGCGGAAGAAGAGAAGGCAAAGAGAUGAUGAUAAAAGCCAGAAAGCAGAACUGUUACAUGAGCUGGCAAGCCCCACCGGCGUUGCCAUUACACAAGAGGGGGAAUUGGUAAGUUCGGAAGGCCUACAUUUCAUGAGUCUGUCAAUAAUAAUGGCAGCCACGGAUGGCUUUUCUGAGUCAAACAAGCUCGGGCAAGGUGGCUUUGGCACUGUCUACAAGGGAGUGCUAGAAGAUGGGAAGGGAGUAGCGGUUAAAAGACUAUCACGGAAGUCAUGGCAAGGCUUAGAGGAAUUUAAAAAUGAGGUCAUACUAAUUGCACGACUUCAACAUAGAAACCUUGUGAAGCUCUUGGGAUGUGCCAUUGAGGGUGAGGAAAAGCUGCUUGUGUACGAAUUCAUGCCCAACAGAAGCCUUGAUUUCUUUAUAUUUGAUCCGAAGAAACGCAGUCAGCUUGACUGGAAGACAUACAAUAACAUUAUUGUUGGUAUUGCGAAAGGACUUCUUUAUCUUCACGAGGACUCUCGACUUAAAAUAAUUCACAGAGAUCUAAAGCCAAGUAAUGUAUUACUGGACCAUGAAAUGGUCGCCAAAAUAUCAGAUUUUGGCAUGGCAAGGAUCUUCGGUGAGAACCAGAACACUGCUAACACUAGGAGAGUCGUCGGAACAUACGGAUACAUGGCUCCCGAGUAUGCAAUGGAGGGACUAUUUUCUGUAAAAUCUGAUGUUUUCAGCUUUGGCGUCAUCUUGCUUGAGAUUAUUAGUGGCAAGAAAAAUAGCGGCUUCUACUUGACCGAGCAUGCCCAGACACUCCUUGCAUACGCAUGGAGACUUUGGAAUGAAGGGAAAGAAAUGAAGUUUGUGGAGCCUGUGUUGAUAGAGUCCUGCCUGACUACACAAGAAGUUAAAAAAUACAUGCAUAUCGGGCUUUUGUGUGUCCAAGAGGAUCCAGCGGAUAGACCCACAAUGUCAUCCGUCGUAGUUUUAUUGGGAGACGAAUCAAUAUUACCUCUUCCUAAACCAAAACAGCCUGCACUUGCUAUGGGUAGAAUCGUUCAGCAGAUUGAUCCCUUUCCCGUUACAAAUCCUUCUGUAAAUGGGCUUACUGUUUCCAGUCUUUCUCCUCGCUGAACACAGGCAAGAUUUCCUUUUUCCGUGCAAUCGAUCACAUGUAAUUUGUAAACUAACUCGAAAAAAAAGGGACAUGUUUGUAACUGAAAAAGUUUUCGUAAUUUCUGCAUAUAGGAAAUCUGGAAAUGGAUGCAAAAGUACUUUGCGUAUCAUGUGGAGGAAUUUAAUUCUAACAUGAUA